GACAGUUGACACAUUAAACAAAUAGGUUAGGUUUAGACUUUAGGAUUUUAGGGUUAUAAUUUAAUAACAAUAAAUAUUGUUGAUAGAAGUUUUUAUUGUUAAGAGUAAUACAUCAAUUAAAAUGCCUUUUAUGAAAGGCAGAGCGCCGAUACGGCGAACAUUAAAUUACUUAAAUGCUGGAAAACUAGUGCUAAAAGAUAAAAUCAAAAUAUUUUCAGUUGCGUACAAUAUCAUAGGUCAAAAUAACAAUGGAGCGAAGGAAUUUGUGUUUUGGUAUCUGCCCCAAAUCCAGUACAAAAACCCGAAUGUUCAAGUAGCUACUUUCAAAAACUUGACCCCAACACCAUUUAUAAAGUGCUAUUUAGAAGAUGGCAAACAAAUAUUAGUUGAUAUAGACAAUAAAACAAAAGAAGAUAUUUUGGAGCAUUUAUUGCAUACAGUUGGAAAGUCUAAAGAAGUUUUGGAAGCAGAAACAAUUGCAGCUGAGAAGAAAGAUAAUCCCGCAAAUUUUGGUGUUGGUUGUGAAAGAGCUUGUAUGUGUGAAAUAUAUGGUCAAGUUCCAUGCCCAGGAGUAGUUGUUCUUCCAAAAGUGAUGAGGGGAAAGUACAAAAACCAAGAUAAUUAAGGGUUCAUUUAUAAAAUAGGUUAAUGUUAGUUUAAUAAAAAUACUUAGUCAUCUU